GUCACUUGAAGCGAUGCUUUGUUUAUUGUGCUUUGUUCCCUAAAGACUAUGAAUUUGACAAAAAGGAGUUGGUUCUGUUAUGGAUGGCUGAAGGCUUGUUACAACAACAAUCACAUGGAAAGAAGCAAAUGGAAGAGGAGAUUGGUCAUCAAUAUUUCCACGAGUUGUUAUCAAGAUCACUCUUUCAACAAUCAAGCAAAGAUGAAUCACAGUUUGUGAUGCAUGACCUCAUACAUGAUUUAGUCGUAGAUAUUGCUGGAGAAAUAUAUUGCAAUCUUGAACAUAGCACAAGUGAUGGAAAAUUAGAGAAGGCUCAUCAUUUGUCAUUCACUCCACACUUGUAUGAAAUCUUAGAAAGAUUCACAAUGUUGGAUAAAUUGAAGCAUUUGAGAACAUUAUUGCCGCUAAGAGCUCUUAAAUCAGUGGGUUCUCUUCUCUUCUUGCAAACACUGCUAUUAUGUGGUUGUUAUAAGCUUGCCAAGUUGCCUAUGACAAUUGGGAAACUAGUUGAUCUCCAUUAUCUUGAUAUAAAUGAUACACCAUCUUUAAAAGAGAUGCCAUCAGAAAUAGAUCUCCAGAAUGUUUUGGACGUUCAAGAUGCUAGGGAGGCCAACCUAAACAAGAUCCAUGGUUUGGAAGAGUUAGUGUUGGAGUGGACUACUUCUAAUAAUGAUCUAGAUGAAUUAGUUCUUGAAAUGCAG